AUGUUUUCAAGUACCCAAAGGGAUGUGAAGAAUAUGCCAUCGACUACUAUGACUUCACGAUCAAAAACCACAAAAACUGUAAGAUCAACCUCAAAAACUGUUUCAUCAGCGAGUACAACUAGUACAAAAAGUGCUGUUGUUGAUGUUGAACUGAAAAACGUCGGUCAGCAUGUUGGACUGGAAAUAUGGCGUAUUGUGUUACCAAAGGCGCAACACGGCAGCUUCUACAGCGGUGACUCUUACAUAGUGUUACAUUUCUUUUCAAAAUGCUUAAUCGACCUAGUUCAACCUCUUUCCAUUGUGUACAAAUAUGAAACAUGUUCAGAUAUCAAAAAUCCGGAAUUUGCCUUCGAUAAAACCAAGGGGAAUGGGCAAUGGAACGUUCAUUUUUGGCUUGGAAAUGAAACUUCGAUAGAUGAACGAGGUACUGCAGCUUUUAAGACUGUUGAAUUAGAUGACUCAUUAAGCGGACUUCCUGUCCAGUACCGAGAGGAGCAAUACUACGAGUCUUCACUGUUUCUGUCAUACUUCAAAGACGGCAUUAGGUAUUUAAAAGGAGGAGCACCAACUGGGUUUGUUCAUGUUGAAGAUCUCUACAUUGAUUGGGAGCCACGACUAUUACACUGCAAAGGAAAAAGAAAUGUCCGAUGUGCUCAAGUAAACGGGAUUUUACUUCAAGUUUUCAUGUUUGCAGCUAGCACGCUUUCCCUUAAUCUUAAAGAUGUGGACUGUAAGCUUCAAUCGCUGAACACUGGCGAUGUGUUUGUCUUGGAUUGCGGCUUAACGCUUUACGUGUGGAUGCCACCAGAAAGUGGACGUCUUGAACGAAUAAAGGGUAUGGCACAAGCCAAAAAUAUCAGGGAUGUGGAGCGUUCUGGACGACCGACAGUUCACGUUCUUGACAGCGACUGGGAUGCAAAUGAAGAGUUCUGGGGCUAUUUUGGUGGUUUAUCGAGCGUAAAAAAGCUGAGACCAGCCGAAGCGGAUGGAUAUGAUGAAAACUACUGGCGGUCCCAUCGUGAUGAAAUUUCUCUCUGGGAAGUUAGCGACUCGUCUGGUAAAAUGAAGGUCACUUUGGUAUCAAAGGGGAACUUUAAACGAUCACAGCUGAAUUCAAUGGAGGCCUACAUUCUGGAUGUUGGGGUUGCGGGAAUAUUCGUUUGGGUUGGCAAGAAUUGUACAAAGGAUGAAAGGAAACAUGCUAUGGAAUACGCAGCUAACUUCUUGCUGGAACAGAAAAAGCCACCUCAUGUACAAGUUGUAAGAGUUUUGGAAGGCGCCGAACCAGAAUCUUUCACUCAAUGGGAUUUGCAAUGGGCAGGGGCCAAAAAGACGAAGCAGUUCGAGCCACGAUUAUAUCAAUGCAGUAACAAAAGUGGCAAGCUGCUUGUUGAGGAAAUCUCGAAUUUUACGCAAGAGGACCUGGACGGCGACGAUGUUAUGAUAUUAGAUGCAUUAGAUGCCUUGUAUGUCUGGGUAGGCGAAGGCGCAAACGUCGAAGAGAAGAAACACGCAGAAAAAACAGCACAGCAAUAUUUGGACACUGACUCAAUACCGCGCUCUAAAAGAGCAGAAAUUCAGACUGUGUACCAAGGCUAUGAGACUGUGCCGUUCAAGAAACUGUUCCGCAGUUGGGAUGACACGUUAUGGGAAACGGGAAAGCGAACGGUCGAAAGCAUGAGGAAGCUGAUGUUUUCAUGA